UUUUUCCCUUGUUGUGUUUUCUGUCAUUUGCAUCGCCAUCUUGUUGCAACCCCUCUACGUGUUUGGACGACGUCUUACGAGGGGAUUCAAUUACGUUUCCACCCUUUGCACCAACGGGAGAAUAGCACUGUGCGAACGGCGAGUGAGAGGAGCGCUCCUUGUGAAAAUCUACACAUAUUUACUCGCAGAAACAACUUCCACCAUCGGCAGAAAAGGAAGAUGAGUAUCGAAACGCUUUUAGAAGCUGCCAAGUUUCUGGAAUGGCAAUCCCAGCAACAACAGAAAGCACGUGAGGAGAGCGAGCUGAAGGAGAAGCUGAGACUCGAACGAGAGGCUGAGCAGAAGCGCACCGAAGUCGUUUCCGCCCUGCAGCCUCUGCGGCUCAACCACGGGCCCUAUGGGGAGGAGUUAUGUGCAGAGCCCCACCCCCUCCCAGUUCCGCCCCGCCCCCCUCCGGUGUCCAUCGCGGUCAUACCCAUUCCCAUGAUGUCGGCUGGUCCGGUGGUCCCAGCCCUGCCCCUGGCUCCGCCUCCGACUGGUGCCGCUCUGUCUCCUUCCGCCGUAUCCCGUCCCAGCCCCCCCAGGAAGGACGCCCCCUCCCCGCCAGCACAGCCGCCACAGCUCCCGCAGCGCCUCCUCUUAGCCUCGCAGUUGAAGGUUGAAGCUGCAUCUUCACCUCAGGCAGGAGCCCCCAAGCAGGCUCCACCCCCACUCGUCCAGCCAUACCCCGGCUCCAUCAUCACCGCAUCCCAGCAUGCUCUGCUCCCUCAGCCGGCCCCCCUGCCAGUCCAGCCCAACCCAGCGGUGCGGCUGAAUGCCAUGGAGGACUCGCGUCACCCGGAUGGAAAGAGGAGGCCGGGGGGGGCUGGGACCAGGGAGGUACAUAACAAGCUUGAGAAAAACAGACGUGCACACCUGAAGGAGUGCUUCGAGACUCUGAAGAAGAACAUCCCCAACGUAGACGAGAAGAAGACCUCCAAUCUGAGUGUGCUGAGGAGCGCACUGCGCUACAUCCAGACACUGAAGAGGAAGGAGAAGGAGUAUGAGCAUGAGAUGGAGCGUCUGGCCCGGGAGAAGAUCGCCACGCAGCAGCGGCUGGCCGACCUGAAGAACGAGCUCGGCCAGUGGAUGGAUGUGAUGGAGGUGGAUCGCGUGCUGCGGCAGACCGUGCAGCCCGAAGACGACCAGGCCUCCACCUCCACCGCCUCAGAGGGUGAAGAUAACAUCGACGAGGACAUGGAUGAGGGAAGCCUGUCGUCGCCCCCUAUGGCCAGGGCGGCUCCCGCCCCGCAGACUGAACCCCGCAAACCUGCCAUGGCCCCUCAGCCGAUCCUGACCCCGCACCUGUCUGUCCAGCACAAGCCCCCGCAGCCGAUGGCCCAGCCGGCCCCCGCCCAGGCCAUGGUGGCCCCCCAGGCCAUCCCGCAGGGCCACCUUGCACAGAUCCCCGGCAUGCAGCCCACGGUGAUCACGCACGCCGCCGCGGCCACCGCACCUCACGCCUCCGUCAUCCAGGCCGUCAACCACGUCAUCCAUCCCGGCCCCAAGCACGUGGCCCACAUAGUGCCCUCGCCCUCGAACCCGCUGCCCCUGGCACCUGGCGCUGCCCAGCCCAUCAGCCACAUCACGGUGGCGCACCUUGGGCAGACCCUGCCGGGCCUCUACCCGCAGCCCGUGGCCGUCAGCCAGCCCGCGGUGGUCAGCCACCUGGCUCACACGCUGUCGCACGGCCAGGUUAACGGCGGCGCCCCCCAGGGGGCCGUGGUGGGCAAGCAGGCUGCCAUGGGGGCGCAGGUGGUGACGCACCACCCGCAGCUGGUGGGCCAGACCGUACUGAACCCCGUAACCAUGGUGACCAUGCCCUCUUUCCCAGUGAGCACCCUGAAGCUUGCCUGAGGGGGGCAUGGAGCGUAACGUUUGGACUGCUGACCGUGCCAGAAUCGCCAUGGCGACCCGCAUCUCGAGGCGCUUGGCGUGUAAGCAGUGGCCGUGUACAUUCCAGAGAAUAUAUAUUUUAUCUAUUGGUAUAUAUAAAGAAUGAUGAUAUAUAUGUAAUGGCAGUCUGUGUGGGUAUAUGCUUUGGUCCAGCAUCUCGUCAUACAUGAUCCUCUGUGUUUACAGUUUACGGUGGGGGGGCGGGGAGUCCUCACAAAGGCAUCGAAUACGGUGUGGAGGGGGGGAUUCUCUGAUUGGUUGCUUUUUUUUUGUCAUGUGACGAGUUCGGGCAGCCAGCGGUGUCACACACAGACCUAUUGCCUGUGCCUUGAUAAAUGCUGUGUGGCACACAGGCGCCCUCUGCUGCGUGGGAAAUGCCACUACAACAGUCAAACAGCCUAGGGUCGCUAAUGCAGUCUGGGGGGUGGGGGGUAGAUACAGGGUUAUCUGUGUGAGGGAUUGUGGCGGCCUUCUUGCCGUCGGCCUGCGUAGUGUGACGACACUGGUGUAUAGGCGGGAGAGAGGGCGUGUUCUCCCUGAGGCAGGUGUUGAUAAAUGAUGCUAUUUAAACUGCACAGAAUGUCCCGUGCCUGUCAGCCCCCGGCCCCCCACCCCCUGGGCUGUGCGCAUAUUUUUAAGUAGCACUUUCCAGCAUCGCUGAAAGCGGGAGUCCGUCAUGAGUACGCUGCAGGCUGUUGGGUCGCGUCCCCCAUGCGAGUCCACAUGCCGGCAGCACUCUGGGUUUCCGGCCCACUGUGCGUCGUCACCGUCGUCGUCGCUUCAGCUAAAGGAGACCCUCUCGUUAUGUGAGCUUCGACUACAACCUGUAUCACUGUGACCUGUUGUUCAUUGGCCCCGGAAGAUCUGCAGCUGUAUAUAACGCUCGUCCCGACGGCGUCAACGACAAGCGAGAGCAAGACGGCGAGGGGAGGGAGAGGCUCUGUCAUUUUUGAGAUGUUUCUGACGUGAUCUCAGUCUUGUGAUCUGUGGCUGUGAGGGCAGACUAAGCCGAUCUGCACAUUCACAUAAGUGUAUUUUAAGAUUUGAUUGUUGCCUGUAUUUUGCAUGUAGAUUGCAAAUUUAAUUUUUUUCUGGGACCAUAUAUAGUACUGUCAUAGCAUGAGGGCAACUUUACAGCGCUCUUUCCACAUUGAUAUUAUAUAUAUAAUUGUGUGUUUUCCCUAUGGAGAAAGUUUAAGUUAUCGCCUGUAAAUUUUGGGCUAUAUUUAGAAUUAAUUGUCCAUGUUAAAAAAAAAAAAAUACUGAAGAUUCUUAAUAAAUCUUAAUACAUUUAUAGUGA